GGGGCGGCAUCGGCCUCGGUAACGAUGAGCGAGAGACACAUAUCAGACUGCUGUUAGCUCACAACCCCGCAUUACCCGUGGGCAAACUGGGUAAAUGACGUCCGGAAGGCGAUGUGUCCGCACGACUCGUCGAGGUUAUAUCCGAAGCCGUAUACUAUAUGUUGCCUUUGUUUCUUCGAUACAGUUGAGACGAACCUCCACCUCUCCCGAACUCGUAAUUUGCCAAAACCAAAACCAAUCUCAAGACCUCAUUCAACAGUACAUUUUGCACAACUGCAUCCCAGGUCGCAUCUCAAGCCGCAAUGUCUGGAAAGCUUGCAAGCCUCGACUCCUCAAUGGCUGAUCGCCUUCCCUCCCACUCGCAGGUCCUUUUUGACGCCAAGGCGCAGAGUGGUCACACAUUCGAGGCUAUCGCCAAGCACCUGGGCCGUAGCGAGGUUGCCACGGCGGGCAUCUUCUAUGGCCAGGUGCAGGCGUCAGACGAAGAUGUCGAAAAACUCUCCGACCUUCUCGGCGUCGACGCCGCGUCCCUGAAGCCAAAGCUAACUGCCUUCCCCGACCGUGGUCGUGCGGGGCCCAUGCCACCUGUUGAGCCGCUCAUCUACCGUUUGUAUGAGAUUGUGCAGAAUUACGGGUACGCCUAUAAGGCUGUCAUGAACGAGAAGUUUGGAGACGGCAUCAUGAGUGCCAUCUGCUUCAAUACAAAUGUCGAGAAGGAGACUGACGAGGCGGGGAACCCAUGGGUUGUCAUCACCCUCAAGGGCAAAUGGCUUCCCUUCACCCGCUUUUAAAGCAAGGGAUGUGUAAGGGUACCCAUCUCUACAUAGCUGUCGGUUCACUAGGGUUAAGAGCAGGCUUUGUCACCUUCGCUUGCCGGUUGAAGCCGGUCGGAUUGGUAGCGCGGAGUUUGUGGUUGAAAUUGAUGUAGACAAGAAUUGAAUCCUAGCCAUUCAGACCCAUGCUGUGUUUGUUGACCCAGUUCAUUGUCUAGACUUCAGACACAAAAGG